AUGUCCUCAGAAUCAUUCUCACCCUCAAGAGUUUCCUCUGACGAAGAGCCCGUUUACGAGAUGGCAAAUGUAGUUAAAAAAUAUGGAACCGAGGAGCUAAUCGAAUAUUUGCGAAGUAAGGAUUUAAAACUCACAGAGUCACAUUUUGAAAUAUUGCGUAAAGAGAAAAUUACCGGUCCAGCCUUCCUUGAACAAACCAAAGAGGAUUUUCGCAGUAUUGGCUUGACAUUAGGCCCAGCAACAGUACUCGCAAAUGUCAUCACGGAUCUCAAAACAUCAAACACUCCAAAAUCAAACACUGGACUUGUAUAUGUUUUUGUGGACAACUCUAACUUGUUUAUUGAAGGAAAAUAUACUGUUGGCCGUAUUGAACAAGCAGGCAACUUUGAUUACCAAAGAAAUUCCUACCAACUCAACCAGCUCUAUAUCGAUCAUGGACGUCUUCUAUCAACAGUACUGAAAGGACGAAGAAUAGGUAGUAAUUCGGUGAUUGUUGGCUCCCGUCCACCUCCAAACGAUUCACUAUGGGAUCGGAUUCGAAAUCAAGGUUAUGGUGUGAUCGUUUAUGAUCGUAUUGCAAAUAAAGAAAAGAAAGCCGAUAUGGAACUUGGACUUUGUAUAGCGGAUGCCGUUUAUUCGAAGGAUCCUGGUUUAGUUCUUAUAGUUGCCGGUGAUGGUGAUUAUUCUCCUGCGAUAAAUCGGGCCCUACAUCAUAGUUGGAAGGUUGAAGUGUGGUUUUGGUCAUCAGGGAUAUCCGGUGACCUCAUGAGAAAUUCCAUCUUUUUCUUGGAUAAUUUUUACCGGCAUUUUACAUAUGCGUACGGACAAGAUCCUGCAGGAAGAAAUUAUAUCCUUGAAAUAACUGAUGGUGAAACGCUUGCAAAAUGGAAUGACGAUGAAGUAAUGGAAUGUUUUGAUUCAUUAGAAUUCUUUGGAUGGUGGUUCAGGAAAGAAGGACCGACUAUAUACUUGUACUUCGAUAACAAAACAAAUUCGAGAAAGGCAAAGAGUUGGGUGGAAUCAAAUCAUCCAGAUGUAAAGGUUUGGGAAAUAGAGAAAAGAAAAAGUUGGUCAGAAUAA